UUGUAGGUAGUACAAGAACUGAAAAAUAAUUUUUGGUUGCCAGUAUACCUGUAGUCGUUGCACUGAUCAGUCGAUAGUUUUGUGAUAAAUUAUUUCUCAAGUGAAUUAAAUUAUUAACCAUGGGACGUGAUUCUAGAAAGGUUUCAAGAGAACUUCGGAGUUCUGAAAAAAUUAAUAAGUCGCGUUCAGUCAAAAGAAAGAAUGUUUUUAAUCCGAAAACAGCCGAACGUGAUGAAAGUAUUCAGAGUACAUCUUCUAAAAAAUUAAAACAAAACACUGAAGAUGAUGUACCUGAAGACAGCAGUACUGAAUUUCGAAUAAUAAAUUUUAUUCAGGUAUUCACUGCAAUUUCUGCUCUUAUAAAAUGUAAAAAAUGUGAUGGAAAUGUAGUGUUUCAAACAGCAAGUACACGUGGGCUGGGAUUCAAAAUUGUAGUUGCAUGUAAUAACUGUGGAAAUGAAUAUAUUCCUUCCUGUUCUUUCGUUGGGCAUUCUUAUGAAAUAAACAGACGUUUCAUUUUUGUAAUGAGAAUACUAGGAAUAGGAUACGAAGGAUUGUGCAAGUUUUGCGGCCUGAUGGACAUGCCGUCUUUUUUAGAUAAAUCUACGCAUACAAUUUUACUGAAACAGAUUUUGAAUUGUAGUAAAGCCGUCGCAGAAACCUUCAUGACGAAAGCUGUGAAUGAAGAAAAGCAAGCAAUGCCAACAACUGAAAAUGAAGAUAUAAAUCAUCUAACUGUAUCGGGAGAUGGAACCUGGCAAAAACGGGGAUAUACAUCGUCAUUUGGAGUUUCUUCUAUAAUUGGCUAUUUUACUGGAAAGAUUCUUGACAUAAACAUUAAAAGUGCAUAUUGUAAGCUAUGUGAGUAUUGGAAAAAAAAAACAAAUACUGUUGAGUUCGAGGAAUGGUAUCAAUCGCAUGAAGAUGUGUGUUCUGCUAAUCAUCAAGGGUCUUCUGGGAAAAUGGAGGUGGAUGCGAUGGUCGAAAUGUUUUCGUAUUCUGAAACUAAAUAUGGAGUUAAGUAUGCCAACUAUAUUGGUGAUGGUGACUCCAAGACCUAUUCAGGAAUUAUAAAAUCAGAUCCUUACGAAAAUACAACUGUAAAUAAAAAGGAAUGUAUAGGGCAUGUCCAAAAGCGGAUGGGGAGUCGAUUACGUACGCUGAAGAGUAAACAAAAAGGUCUUGGUGGUCGAGGUAAGCUCACAGGAAAAUUAAUAGACAAACUAACUGUGUACUAUGGUUUAGCAAUACGCCGGCAUUGUGAUUCUAUUGAAAAUAUGAAAUCUGCUAUAAUGGCAACCUUUUAUCACUACGGCUCGAGUGAUGAAAAACCGAAUCAUGAUAUGUGUCCAAAAGGCGAAGAAUCUUGGUGCUCUUACCAGCGCGCUGAAGCAAGAGGAGAGCUUGAUACCUUUUCUCACGAUUAUUCUCCUUUACCUUCUGAUGUUUUAAAAGCUAUCAAGCCUAUAUACGAAGAUCUUAGUAAUGAAAAUUUACUUUCAAGAUGUGUAGGUGGAUUCAAUCAGAAUAAUAAUGAAAGCUUUAACCAACUAGUAUGGAAAAUAUGUCCAAAAACGGUAAAUACUAGUUUUACUAUCGUACAAAUAGCUGCAUACGUUGCUAUGUGUAUAUUUAAUGAGGGUAUAAAUUCAUUAUUAGUCUUGAUGAAUACACUAGGACUUAAUUGUGGGCCUAAUUCUCAUCGGUAUGCAGAAAGAAUGGAUGCUGCACGUAUCAAAGUAGCAGAUAAGCGCGCUAAUGAUAACACCCGAGAAGGUCGAUUGCAACGUAGGCACCAGCAAAUCGAUAUUUUGGAAGCUGCUAUGUCGGCUGAAGAGCUAUUAUAUGGUCCAGGAAUAGAUGACUCAGUAUGAAUCUCCAAGGACUUAUGAUGAUCACCGCAAAGGACUUCGGGAGGAACGGGCUCUACAAAAACAGCGAUAACUUUUUGAAUUAUUAAUUUUUUUUUUUGAAAUUUUCGUGAAGUCAAAUCGAAACGUGUUCUAAUAAAGCUAUGUUUUUAUUUUUGUCAAAUAAAGUAAUUAACUACAAAAAAAAAA